AGGAUCCGAGGACUGCGCCAUUCACGGCGCAUCCAAGUGCGCCGAUCGCCAUCUUUUUCUGAUCGCACACAUCUCCCCAUGGAAGCAUCCAUUGUCGUGGACUCCGACGAUGAAGCUGAGCGGUGUGCGGAGGCUGAGGCGCGGGCCGCUGCUGCGGCGCAUGCGCUGGCCGCGGAGCCGCCGCAAGAGUGCUUCUGCUGCCGGCUGGCGCUGCCCCCGAGCCGGGGCUUGCUGACACCACAGCCGGUGGGGGAGGUGCAGAUCUGGCGGCAGGACCAGGCCUUGAUUUUCAGCCCCGAGGACGCGGAGGAGGAUGAUGACCUUGUCAUCCCGGUGGCAGGCAUCAGCUCUGUGGAUGUGAAGGCCGAUGGUCCCAUGAUCAUCCUCACGCUCUCACCGCCUCUGGCUGCCAAUGGCUUCGCGGUGGACUAUAUGGCGGAGGGCCAUCGGAUCGCCACGGUGACGCUGUCACCGCUCACUGAGGAGUUGCGGUCCGCGCUGGCGACGCUCAUGGCGUGGCUGCAGCACCUCACCCUGCAUGGGCCGAAAGCGUUGGGCCUGGUUCCCCGGCCAUUGCAAGAGCCUGUGGCUCUCCGCCUUCACGGGACAGUUCUGGAAGAAAGAGAUUUGGAUCUACUGGAGGACGAGCAGUGGUUCAACGACACCAUCAUGGACUUCUUCAUGCGCUUGGCUUUGGAGGUGGCCGCGCCGCAGCAGCUGCAGGACGAGCUCUACGUCGCGAAGACCCAGUUCUUCACCCGCCUCACGGCCUGCGGCGCCUCCAGUGGCGAGAAGGGCUGGGAGAAUGUGAAGACUUGGACAAGGACCGUCAACGGCGGCGUGGCCUCGCAGCGGGUCCUCGUUUACCCCGUGAACGAGGCCAAUCUUCAUUGGUGCGUGUUUUUCGUUUGUCACCCCCACGGCGCCAUCCAACAGACGGAGGCCGACGAGGACGUGCCGCGCAUCGUGUGCCUCGACUCGGCCUGGGAGCCGGUGCCAAAGGACGACCACAUCAAGCUGCUGAAGGGCUACCUGCGGCGGGAGCUUUUUAACAACCCCCUGGGCGGCAAUGGCGCCGCAGUGCUGGGCGCGGAUGGCUCCGUCGCGGCGGCAUCUGUGGCGAGAUGGAAAGCGGCGGUGAUGGGCUUGGAGAAGAUGCAGGCCAUCGAUGGGGACGUUCCAAAGCAACAGAACGUCUACGACUGUGGUCUCUAUGUCUUGGAGUUCCUCCUGUACUUGCUACGCCAGCCUGGCCAGUUUUCGAGGCUCGGCCUGGAGUCGCACCAGGAGUGGUUCGACCAGUCUGUCAUCACCCACCGCCGAACGCAAAUGCGGGAGCUGGUCUCGCGCUUGCUGAGUGAAGGGAAGCGUUCCGGCCAAAUGGACGUCUCCCUGCUCUUGCGCGACGAAAGCCUUCGCAACGCAGUGCGGGAGGCGCUGACCAGCGAGCCGCCCGAGCCCGAGAACCCGGAGCCGGAGAACCCGGAGCCGGAGAACCCGGAGGAGAAUGUGCCCUGGCGCCCUCCUGCCGAGCCCGCGCACUGGAGCGCCAUGAGCGCCAUGAGCGCGGCGGGCGGCGCCGAGGGCGUGUGGGGCGCAUGGGGCUGGAGCUACGAGUGGGAGCACGUGGCGAAACGUGCAAGGCUGGCUGAUUGGCAUGCGCCCUGAGCGCUCUCGCUCUCGUUUGUGUUGAGUCCCGCGCCUUUCGUGUCGAAAAACGGGGCCCGUUUUGCGGAGGUCAGGCGAGGAGCCGGGACGCAACUUGCAGUGUGAGUGUGAGCGGAGGGAGAGGGAGUCAGAGGGAUGCGGGUUGGCAGGGUUGCAGGGUCAGUGCGCGUUUCUCAUAAAAGCAACUGCAGACUCAGAGGCCAUUCAGCAGUUUUUACAUGCCUUCGGCGCGAGCCUGUGCCGUAGCCUUGCUUUUCCAAUGGGCGUCAGCCUUGCGUUCGACGCCUUCGAGAGGUUUCCCCCACGUGGCCAUUCGGCGUUGGACGAGAUCGCGGCCGAAGUUCCUGGCAGUUCGGCCAUGUGGAGAGCCCAGGUGGGAACGAGUUUUCAGCAGCCCGGCCGCUGGCCGGGGCGGAUUGCGGGGUGAUGGUCUUGGAACACGUGUGAGCCAACUUCCGCGACACGUGCAUUUGUUUGUGAGCUCCUUUGUCCACUCAGUGGAGCUCAGACAAAUGCAGCAAUCAACAUAUACAGGCUUCAAAUCAAAACAGGUCAGCAACCUGGUUGCAGCAACCCAACAAAACAAGAGUAUCCCUUUCGUUCAUGCGGCAUGUACAUUUGCUCCUCGCAUGGUUUCCUUCGAGCUCGGGGUUAGAUGGGUAGUCUAUGGUAGACUCUGAACCGCCUGCAUCGCCUGCCCACAAAAGAAGCCCUCGGCAGGUCAAUGUGCGAUAUUUGGGGAGGUGUCACUAGGGACUCUUCUCAGCCCGUUAUUUUUCACUGUUUCUAGGGGGUCUUCAACGCCA